CCAUUCCUAGGAGACCACAAGGAUCAUUAUUGUUCAGGAUUUCAAAGAGCUAUCAUUUAUGUUUGUGGACACAAGUGAACGGACAAUGGUGCCCCAACCAUCUGUUCAAGCUGUUUGAAAGAAACGCUUCUGUACAAAUGGCAUGAAAGAACAGUCAAGCGUCAAAUAUCACAACUGACGUGUGAAUUCAAGACUGUGCUAAGCUCUCCUCCCUUUUAAGCCUUGACUCAAGCUAAGAUGGAAAACUGACAAAAGGGAAUGUAGCACAAUUUGUUCCUUCUGAAGACUGAGAUCACUGCACACACCAAGAGCUCCUGUUAUGAUAUUUGUGACCCAAAUUGUAAUUCUCAGGACUGACAUUAUCCUCUGUGACACAUGUGAAAGCAUAAGUAUUUCUCUGCAACCUGUCUCUAACAUAACUAUAUGUGUUAGAUGCCUUUGGGACUCUCUUUACAUCAGCCAUGAAAGGAUUAUCUAGCAGCCGCAGUCAUCAUCAUGGGGUUACCUGUGACCCUACAUGUGACAGUCUGCCACAUCACCCAGACAGGAAGCCAUAUUUAUUAAAUCCAGUGGACCCUCACCCUGCAGAUCAUCCUUAUUAUACUCAAAGGAACUCUUUUCAGGCAGAAUGCAUGGUGCCCUAUAAUGACCAGCUUGCUAGCAGCACAUUUCCUCGGAGGCAUUAUAGCUCUAACCAUGAACUGAAAGAUGAGUGUGCUCUUGUUCCCCAUGGAACUUCCAGUAAAACUAACCGCAUCCCUGCCAAUCUUUUGGACCAGUUUGAAAGGCAGUUGCCUCUUAAUCGAGAUGGCUACCAUACCUUACAGUACAAACGAACUGCCGUGGAACAUCGGGGUGAUAGCCCAGGGAGGAUCCGCCACUUGGUUCAUUCUGUUCAAAAGCUCUUCACAAAGUCUCAUUCUCUUGAGGGACCAUCCAAGGGAAGUGUCAAUGGUGGCAAAGCAAGCCCAGAAGAGACACAGACGAUGAGGUAUGGGAAGCGUAGCAAGAGUAAAGAAAGGAGACCAGAAGGGAAGCCCAGGUCCAAUGCAUCUGGGUGGUGGAGUUCAGAUGACAAUUUGGACAAUGAUGUUUGCGUUUAUCAUGGUCCCAGUGGGGUUAUGACUAUGGGAAGAUGCCCUGAUCGUUCCUCGUCCCAGUACUUUAUGGAAGCCUAUAACACUAUUAGUGAACAUACUGUGAAGUCAUCCAGAAGCAAUAAUGAUGUCAAAUGCUCUACCUGUGCAAACCUGCCUGUGAAUUUGGACUCACAGCUAAUGAAGAAAAGCUCUUGGUCCUCUACACUAACAGUGAGCAGAGCUCGUGAGGUUUACCAGAAAGCUUCAGUUAAUAUGGAUCAAACAGUGAUGAAGUCAGAGACAUGUCAACAGGAACGGUCUUGUCAAUACCUCCAGGUUCCUCAGGAUGAAUGGACUGGGUACACUCCACGAGGCAAAGAUGAUGAGAUUCCAUGCCGGCGAAUGCGCAGUGGUAGUUACAUUAAAGCCAUGGGAGAUGAUGACAGUGGGGACUCAGACACCAGCCCAAAGCCAUCUCCAAAGAUUGCAGCACGAAGGGAGAGCUAUCUCAAGGCUACCCAGCCAUCACUUACAGAACUCACCACCCUCAAGAUAUCCAGUGAACACUCUCCAAAGCUUCAGAUCCGGAGCCACAGUUACUUGAGGGCUGUGAGUGAAGUCUCUAUCAAUAGGAGUUUGGACAGUCUAGACCCUGCAGGUCUGCUUGCUUCUCCCAAAUUCCGUUCCCGGAAUGAGAGCUACAUGAGAGCCAUGAGUACCAUCAGUCAGGUGAGUGAGAUGGAAGUAAAUGGUCAGUUUGAAUCAGUCUGUGAAUCGGUGUUCAGUGAACUAGAAUCUCAGGCAGUGGAGGCCCUGGAUCUGCCAAUGCCAGGCUGUUUCCGCAUGAGGAGCCACAGCUAUGUGAGAGCAAUCGAGAAGGGCUGUUCCCAGGAUGAUGAAUGUGUGUCGUUAAGGUCCUCAUCUCCUCCACGCACAACCACUACUGUGAGGACCAUCCAGAGCAGUACCGUGUCAUCCUGUAUUACUACCUAUAAGAAGACACCACCUCCAGUUCCACCAAGAACAACCACCAAACCUUUUAUUUCCAUCACUGCUCAAAGCAGCACAGAGUCUGCCCAAGAUGCAUAUAUGGACGGGCAGGGACAAAGGGGAGAUAUCAUCAGUCAGUCUGGACUUAGCAACUCUACAGAAAGCUUGGACAGCAUGAAGGCAUUAACUGCUGCUAUUGAGGCAGCUAAUGCGCAGAUCCAUGGCCCAGCUAGCCAACAUGUAGGUAACAAUACUGCCACUGUCACCACAACCACCACCAUCGCCACUGUUGCUGUAGAAGACAGAAGGAAGGACCACUUCAAGAAAAACAGAUGUUUAUCCAUUGGAAUACAGGUGGAUGGUGCUGAAGAAUCCACCAGACUGGGUGAAAAUAAAGCAACCAGUAAGUUCCAAUCCAUAGGUGUUCAAGUAGAGGAGGAGAAAUGCUUCCGCAGGUUUACGCGAUCUAAUAGUGUAACAGCAGCUGUGCAAGCAGACCUGGAUUUCCAUGAGAACUUUGAAAUAUCAUUGGAUCCUCAAGAGGACACUUUGUACACUGGGCAAAUAUCAAGACAGUUUUCUCGAGAUGCAAGCACCUCCACUGUUAGCAUACAGGGGUCAGGGAACCAUUAUCAUGCAUGUGCGGUGGAUGAUGACUUUGAUACAGAUUUUGACCCUUCAAUUUUACCUCCUCCUGACCCUUGGAUUGAUUCUAUAACUGAAGAUCCUCUGGAGGCUGUUCAAAGGUCAGUGUGUCACAGAGAUGGACACUGGUUUCUGAAGCUUCUUCAGGCAGAGAGAGAUCGCAUGGAAGGCUGGUGCCAACAGAUGGAAAGAGAAGAACAGGAAAACAACUUGCCUGAGGACAUUCUAGGGAAGAUUCGAACUGCAGUGGGCAGUGCCCAACUUCUCAUGGCCCAGAAAUUUUACCAGUUCAGAGAACUGUGUGAAGAAAACCUGAAUCCUAAUGCACAUCCAAGGCCGACCUCCCAGGAUUUAGCAGGGUUUUGGGAUAUGCUGCAGUUGUCCAUAGAAAAUAUUAGUAUGAAAUUUGAUGAACUUCAUCAGUUAAAGGCCAAUAAUUGGAAACAGAUGGAUCCUCAUGACAAGAAGGAGAGAAGGGUCCCUCCUCCAGUGCCAAAGAAGCCAACGAAAGGCCAGGUGCCACUUAUACGGGAACGCUCUCUGGAGAGCUCACAGCGUCAAGAGGCCCGGAAACGGCUGAUGGCUGCCAAGCGAGCUGCAUCUGUCCGUCAGAACUCGGCCACUGAGAGCGCCGAAAGCAUUGAGAUUUACAUCCCCGAAGCCCAGACCAGGCUAUGAAGGGAUCCUACCAGGAGGACUCUCACUGGCAAGACAAGUCUCCUGUAUAAUCUGCCCCUCUAGGUCCCUGCUCAAAGCCACCAUUAAGUAUUUGUAUUUCCCUCUCUCUCUCUUCCCCCCCUCCCCCACACUCCUCUGUACACAAUCCCAAUGAAUUCCACUUUUGUGGUGUAGUUGUCAAUCUUUCAAGAGAUGUCCUCUAAUAACCCUUGCUUUUUAAAGGUUUGCCCAUAUCAUCAUAAUGCUUGGUCACAUGUACUGACGCUACCAUCUUGCCUCACGUAAAAGGUACAAUACUUUUUUCUGUUUAAUAAAAUAAAACACCACAUUCACACACAUACACAUAACUGUACAGUAGAUGUUCCAUUUAACUCAUUCAUGAUCUUUAGUUUAUCUAAAGCUAGUCUGUUACCUAGUGUACAGCAAUAUAAAACUAUAGGGUAUUUUGGAAAUCCAGUAAUGCAGAGUGAUCCUUUUGGACUCUGCCGUCUUCCUCAUAAAAGAUGGAAUGGAGCUAUGACUUAGAUUCCCUUCUUUUUAUUAGUAUUAUUUUUUAAAGCAGAUGGCGCACUUUAUUCUGAACCUCCAUAUCACAGUUUCUCACCUGACCUUCUCACCUGUAAUGGUCACAAGGGGGUGGGGAAACAGCUGUGUUGAGGUGAAAGGAAGGAGGGGUAAGAUAGUAGGGAUAGGAAAGACCUUAUGGAAAGAAAACUGAACUCACAACUGCACGCUCACAGCUGCACAGACUGCCUCAUUUUUAUUUCCUCAAUCACUACUUACACAUUUGAUCAGCAGAAGAUAGUAAAUUCAAUCUUCCAGGGAAAUAAAUCUAUUUUGAAAGGCAAUAAAAAGGUGAAAAGAAGUGGUCAAAGAUAACAUUAAAAAGAUGAAGGAUUUUUUUUUGGUCCAAGAAUUAAAAAUUAAACAUACACCCACACCUGUACCGUAUUGUCAAUUCCUAUUGUAUUGCAUUGAAUGGAUUAUAUUGGUUAAAAAAAGAAAAAAAAACUUGGUUUUGUUACCGUCUUAAUCUUGGUGAAACUAUCCAAUUUCACACAGACGCACACAGACACCUGUUACUGAAACAUUGUAAAUGGAACCCAUGAUACUUUUCAAAGCAAAAGUUUUGUUUGUUUUAUAUGCAGCUGGUUGUACGCUACAGGUUAGACUACUUACCAUCAAACAGUUCAUACCUAGGAGUAAGUUUCUACUUCAGUCUCUUAAUACUACCCAGUUUUUUAAAAGCAAGGAUUUUUCUCAAGUUGUGGGACCAUAACAAGCCUAUGUUUUUUCACUACAGGGCUAAAAGGCUAACUUCCUACACUAGCUUUUCCUGUCAUUUUGAAAUCAUAACUACUAUACAUUCCCAAGUUUUCAGCAGUUCAUUUAAUACUUAGGGUAAAAUCUUGCCCAUGCUGCUAGGAGGUGCCUGCCAUGUAUAAGUGACAAUAGCCAUUGUGCCAUUAUAGGGCAAGAUGUCUCAGGCAUAGCACUGGAAGAAAAAAAAA